AUGGAUGAAAAUACUCGUUCACCUCAUCAAGAAACAAAUCUUAAUUCAGUUCGUCAUGUUUAUAUCUAUGGUGAACAGAUAAUAAAUAGUUGUAUCAAUUAUUUUCCACAUGCUACUUAUAUGGCAUUCUAUGAUAAUUUCUGCGUAGGAGCACGAGCAUUUACAUCAAUUCUUAAUCAUAUUGUCUCUCUACAACAACUUACAAAGAUUGUCGUGGAUACCAAUCGUUUUUCCUUUCAAAAAUUUUGUGAAUUGUUACAUUUUGCACCAAAUAUCGAUACAUCAAUAAUCAAAUCUGAAAGUCUUAAUGGAGCAUAUUCUGAAUCAAUGCGACAAAGUGAAAUAUUUCGAUUAGUAUCCAAUAUUAAUAUUAUUAAACACAUGAUUAUUAAGGAUAAAUGUACAUUGAAAAAGAUCGAAAUUCUUCUUUGUUCAUGUUCGCGACCAUAG